AUGGAUAAUGAAGUUCAUUCGUGUGAUAUACCAUCACCAUCAAACGAAAUACAACCAACUGUACAAGAACAACAAGAGCGAAACGAGAUAAAGAAGAAAAAAUCUCAUGGUAAUCGUAAAGCACAGCGUCAACGGCGACGACUUCUUCGACAAGGUAUAGAUCCAUAUACAGUAACAAAAAUGUGUUAUCAAAACGGAACUUCUCAACAACAACAAUCUCAACAAAAUACUAAUUCAACCACAAACGAAACUAUAGUGGACCAUUCGACAGCCAUGAUACAAAAAAAUGGAAUUAUUCAACAACAAUUUAUGGAUACAAAAACAGCUAUGAAACUAAAUCAAGAUGUAUCAACAACAAAAGAAGAGAAUUCACAGAUGGUUACAAAUUAUUCAGUUGAUUAUAAGAAUAUACCUGAUGGUAUCUUCAUUCAAAUGUUAUCAUCUGCUUUUCAUAAUACCGAUAAACUUAAUCUGCUGAUGAAUCAAGAAGAACAAAUCUUGUUUAUUCGUCAAUAUACAAAUUUAAUUGAUCGAUUAUAUUGUUUACAAUUACAACAAUCACAAUGGAACUAUUAUCAUCAUAUUGGUAUAACACAAAAUAUAUGGACAGCUCGUAUGGCCAAACAUUUAGCUGAAAAGAAUUCCAUAUGUCAUGCAUAUGGUAGAUCAAAGACUUUCAUUCAACAACGACAAAAACAAAUAGAAAAACAUCUUCAACAAGCACAGUAUGCUGUACAACAGUUUGAACAAGAGAUAAUUAUUAAAAUGGUUCAACAUGGUGAUUAUUCAUUCGAAAUGAAAGUUUUAUUUUCUGUUAUUGAAAAAUUUGUGCAAAGAAAGCAACGAUCAAUACAAUAUGAUUAUGAAUACAAAAGAGAGAUACUAAUUCUCGAUGUAACUGAUCAUCAAUUAGUGAACGAGUUUUUCAAAAUCGAACCAAAGAAGUCACAAAUUAUAUCAGCAAGACGAAUCUGGCAAGCUACACAAAAACUAAUGAUAAUCGAAGAAGAUAUUGCUCUCUUAGAAUAUCGUCUAACAUCAACACAAUUACAAUCAGCAUCCAACUUAAUCGAAAAUAUGAUUAAUGAUAUUGAUGCUCGUCUCAAACAAUCUCAUCAAACUGCUGAACAGAUUAAUGAAAUUAAGAAACUUCAAGAUCUAAAACAUGAUAUUAUUCAUCAAGCUGUUCUUACUAGUCGUCGAAUGGCAAAUGAUUUAACUAAAAUUAUUGAAAAGGAAAAAAAGAAAUUUACAUUACAAAAUAGAUUUAUUCAAUCAACAGCACAAUGGCAAAAACUUGUACUUGAUGCCAUUGACAAAAGACAACAACAUAUGAUAAAGCGUGUUAAUUUCACUAUCAAACACAAAUUAAUCAAACUUUCCAAUGCAUCGAAGGAUUACAAUCAUAAUCCAUCGUAA